AUGCAUCCUCUAUCGUCACUAUGCGAAGCCGAGAUUAGCCUCUCGACGAAGCUCGUGCGUGGACUCCAUGAGCCGGGCACAAAGCUUCGCUUCAAGGGUAUUACCACCCAUGAACCCUCACGGAAAGAGAUGCAGCAGUACCGAGCUCAGUCAGACGUGAAGAGCUAUACCCCACCCCGAAGGUCAUGGGUCAACUACUAUCUCACGGGUACUGCCUCUUUCUUCGAGGUUAUUAUUAAUCUCACUACUGGAACUAUUGAGAAGAGCAUAGAGGUGCCUGCAGGCUUUCAUGGCCCUGUUGACGAUGAAGAAAUUAUUGCGGUUGAGAAGAUCGCGCUGGAAGACCCCCGCACAAAGGUUGAGAUUGAAAAGUUGAAGCUCCCUGAUGGGGCUGUUGUAGUAUGCGACCCUUGGAUCUGGGGUGCCGAUGGUGUAGCAGACGAUGUCCGCCAAUACCAGUGCUAUAUGUACAUGCGUGACCCGAAUAAGCCAGCUGAGCUGGAUAGCAACCACUAUGCAUUUCCUCUCACCUUUUCGCCCGUUGUUGACGCCGUCACGAUGCAAGUAACAAGGAUUGACUACCUUCCUACCGGGGCUGGAUUCGAGACGACAUCAACACAGCCAUGGAGAGCCACAAAGCCGAAUGAAUACAUACCCGAGCUCAAUGAAAAGCGAACUGGCUUGAAGCCCUUGAGAGUUCUGCAACCUGAGGGUGCGUCCUUCGCUCUUGAAGGUGAUAUCCUCAAGUGGCAGAAGUGGGAAAUGCGCACAAGCUUCAACUACCGCGAGGGUAUGGUAUUACAUGAGGUUUCAUUCGACGGAAGACCGUUGUUCUACCGUGUUUCGCUGAGUGACAUGUCCAUCCCGUACUCAGAUCCCCGUGCUCCGUUUCACAAGAAACAGGCGUUCGAUUUGGGCGAUGCUGGAGCAGGAUUGAUGGCCAAUGAUCUCAAGCUUGGCUGUGACUGCCUCGGAGCUAUAGCUUACAAGGAUGGGCUCAUUGCUGACGACCAGGGGCGGCCUGUGGUGAAACCCAACGCAAUGUGCAUCCACGAACAAGAUGCAGGCAUCCUGUGGAAGCACACGAACUAUCGUACCGGUCGACCAGUUGUGGUAAGGCGACGUGAAUUGGUGAUUCAGUCGAUCAUCACGGUAUCGAAUUACGAGUAUAUCUUGGCUUUCAUUUUCGACCAAGCAGGAGAGAUGACUUACGAAGUCCGCGCCACCGGAAUCUUGUCUACACAGCCCAUCGAUCCUGGUGUCGAAGUCCCUUACGGUACUGUGGUACAUGACGGGGUUUUAGCCGGCUACCACCAACACAUUUUGUCCUUGCGGGUUGAUCCCGAACUAGACGGUGACAUGGAUAAUAGACUGGUGUACGAGGAAACCAGCGCCCUUCCCCGCCACCCAGAAACCAAUCCUCACGGCAACGGCUACGUUAGCAAGCGCACUACUGUCGAGAAAGCUGGUGGCUAUGACUUGGAAUCCAAGAAGAACCGUGUUUUCAUGAUUGAGAACCCCAAGAAGAAGAACCCCGUCAACGGCAAGAACGUUGCAUACAAGAUGCACAUACCUCCGGUUCAACCCUUACUGGCCGAAGAGAACUCAUAUCACUACAAGAGGGCCGACUUCGGUGACCAUUCUGUCUACGUAACAAAAUAUCAAGAGAAUGAGCUAUUCGCCGGUGGACAAUACACGAACCAGAACAAACAGACUACGGGUGUCCGAAAGUGGGCCGCCAGAAACGAAGAUAUUUCCAACGAUGAUAUUGUGGUAUGGGUGCAAUUUGGUCUGCAGCACGUCCCGAGGAUAGAGGACUUCCCGGUUAUGCCAGUUGAGAUCGUCAAGGUUGCGUUCAAGCCAGUAAACUUUUUUACACGUAACCCGGCAAUUGAUGUGCCUCAAUCGACACAAGAGUUUAAUCAAUCGACGCUCCUGAACGGACACCAAAAUGGGGUCAACGACAACAAGAGUGAAUGCUCGUCGUGUCAGUGA